AUGUGCACAUUGUUGCAAAAAUUACGCUAUCUGAUGAAAAUUUAUAAAUAUUUCGUAUUGAGAGAAAAGAUAUUUGAAUAUUCGGAAUCAAUCAGGAGAGUGAAAGAAGCAAAGUCGAAAUGGAUGAAACAUAAUAUGGACCUCAGUGAUGCUGAGACAAUGCUACAAUACGAAGCGGCUGGGACGUUUUUCGUGAUAAAUACGCAAAAUUCCACUGAACAUGUUCUAUUGGUAAAGCUAAAGGAUGAAGGCUCCGUAGUGGCGAAAUUUCGAAUUUUAUCACAAGGGAACGACGUUCGAAUCGAUGACUUCAAUCAAAGUUUUAAAACAAUAGAUGAAUUAAUCGGGUGCUAUGUUUGCUAUCAGGAUAAAGAAUUAAAAGUCCAAUUAAAAGUACUUGAUGAUGAACAUUAUACCCGUAUUGAUGAUCUUUCACGAAGACCAUCCUUUGAUGGUCCAGAUACUUCUAGCGAAUCAAUUGGACAAACUGAACCUCCGAUAUCACCUCCAUUGUCGCCUCUAUUGUCGCCUUCAAACUCCAUUUCUGAUUUUCCUUGCGAACGCCAAGAUUUGAUUUACGAUAUUCGUGGAAUCUCCGAUAUUGAGGGAAAUAAAAGUUCGAUCCGAAGGGGGUCAUUGAGGAGAGCAAUGCCGUUUUUUCCGUCAAAACGUACCCUAACUUUAAGUAGGGACGCUCAAGAAAGAAAUGAAAGCACGUUGAAAUUAUUAUUCGAAAUUGACCCGAAAAAAUGUAAAUUAGGACCUUGGGAUCCUUACUUACAUGAGGUUUAUAUUCGAUUAAAGAAGCUGAAAGAAAAUUCUUUAAAGGAUGAAGAAAAUCAGCAUUUAGUCGAUAGAACUAAAUUAAAUGCGUUUGAGUCAGAAUUGGAGUCAAAAAUUUAUUCUGAAUCUCGAGAAUUUAUAUAUAAGUAUCUGAAAAAAAAAUACUCUAGAUCACUCAAAACUGUUACAAGCCAUAUGGAAGAAAUAGCGAAACAAAAUUUAAAAGUACUACGGCUACCUUAUAAUCUGGAACUGCCUUAUGAUAAAAUUAGGAGUGAAUUUAAGAAGAUGGAGAAAGAAAAUUUACCUGAACGUAAAUUGCAUUAUUUAAUUAAAGCAUUUGGAAAGCUGCCGAAAGAGCAACGAGAUUUAAAGACUAUGGUAUACUGCAUUAGUAAAAUUUCCUUGCAGACGUUGGUUUAUGAAGCCGAUUACAUCGAUAAUUUGGUUGAUCCCAAAAUGUUACAUAAUGAAAGUUUCCAAAAGGCAUUCGUUACAUUUAGAAAUACAAUAUUGUUCUUACAGCAGUUGAAUUCAUCAGGAGAAGAUUACCUAUCUAAUUUGCUCAAGGAUAAGCAAAAAAUUGUUAGGCUGAUCAUUCUUGCAGAUGAAAAUGACUGUCCAGUUGCUCAAAGUAUUGCUAUCGAACCUCAAAAAACGAUACGUGAUUUAUAUAAAAUUUGCAAGUCGUGCACCGAAAGCAUUUUAAAAUUGCCUUGCAAAGAAGAUGAAUACAUAUUAAGUAUCGUGGAUAGUAAUGACGAAUUAAAUUCUUUGGAUGAUAAUGAAGAUAAAGUCCAGUUAGCCAUACAUGGGUCAGGCGACUAUGCUGAGGCAAUAUCAUCCGAUUUCAUUAAUUUCAUAUACCAUCGGAAUAACGCAAUUCAAAACUUUGUUUACGAAUAA